AUGAAGAACAAGAAGAAGCGCCAAGAGCGCGCGCGCGCGGACGAAGACGCCCUCGCCGAGCUCCGCGCGCGCCCCGCGAGCGCGCUCGGCGACGUCGCGAGCGACAGCGAGGACGAAACCGUGAACGACGCGCACGCGAAGCGACGACGCGCGAGCGUCGUCCCGGGCACGGGCUACGUCCCGGAGGGAAAGGCGAAGAGCGUCGACGCGAGCCUGGUGAAUAAAAACGAAAAGACGCUCGUGCUGACGAGCCGAGGGGCGACGUCGAGGUACAGACACCUGAUGCUGGACCUGCUGACGCUCGUGCCGAACGCGAAGAAGGACGCGAAGUUGGACACGAAGAACGAGAGAAACGUCGUCGUGGAGGCGGCGGAUCUGCGAGGAUGCUCGAGCGCGAUGUUUUUUGAGUGCAGGAAGAAACAAGAUUGUUACAUGUGGCUGGCGAAGACGCCGAGCGGGCCUUCGAUUAAAUUUCACGUGGAAAACGUGCACACGAUGGCGGAGCUGAAGAUGACGGGGAAUCACUUGAAGUUUAGUCGACCGUCGUUGCACUUCGCGCCGGCGUUCGAUGAGACGGCGCACAGACGGUUGAUAAAGGAAGCGUUGAUUCAAACCUUCGCGACGCCGUACCGACACUUCAAAUCUAAGCCGUUCUACGAUCAUCAAAUGUGCUUUUACUGGGAGGACAAUCGCGUGUGGUUUCGGAAUUAUCAAGUCGUCCAUCCCGCGGGGAAGGAGGUGAAAACCCAAGGCUUGACCCUCUCCGAGACGGGUCCUCGGUUGUGCUUGCACCCGAUCAAAAUCUUCGCUGGCGCGUUCGGCGGCGCGGUAUUAUUCGAGGACGAAACCUUUGUCUCCCCGAACGCCCAGCGCGCCGAAUCCAAAAAGCGCGACGUCACCAAGUACCAACAAAAAGUUCAAAAGAAGCAAGCGCGCAAGGCUCACAAACACAUGAACCAACUGCGCGGGGGCGAAUUGGACGACUUAUUUCGCGACGGCGACGACUGA